GGAAGGACUUUCUGCUUCAGGGCUUUUUCACAUUCUAAGGCCAGUCCUUGGAAGGUCAUUAAAUCAACGAGAUGGAUAACGGGAGUGACGUCGUUGGAUGCAUCAUCUGGACUCACAGAAGAGCAACAACAAGUACAAAAGCUUGCCCUAGACUUUGCAAAAAAUGAAAUGGCUCCUAAGAUGUCAGAAUGGGACCAACAAGAGGUGUUCCCGGUGGAGACGAUGCGGCGCGCGGCCGCCCUCGGCUUCGGCGCAAUCUACGCGCGUGAGGAGCACGGCGGCACCGGACUGUCGCGGCUGGACGCGUCGCUCGUGUUCGAGGCGCUCUCGCAGGGCUGCGUCACCACCACCGCCUACAUCAGCAUUCACAACAUGUGCGCUUGGAUGGUGGACGAGUUCGGCUCGACCGAGCAGCGCGCCGCCUGGCUGCCGUCGCUCGCCUCGAUGGAGCGGCUCGCCUCGUACUGCCUGACGGAACCGGGUGCCGGCUCGGACGCCGCCUCGCUGACGACGGCGGCCAGGCGUGACGGCGACCACUACGUACUGAACGGCUCCAAGGCUUUCAUCAGCGGCGGCGGCGAGACGGACUUGUACGUGGUCAUGUGUCGUACCGGGCAGCCGGGACCGCGCGGCAUCAGCUGCAUCCUGGUGGAGAAGGGAACACCCGGCCUCGGCUUCGGUAAGAAGGAGAAGAAGAUGGGCUGGAACGCCCAGCCGACUCGCGCAGUCAUAUUCGAGGACUGCCGCGUGCCGGUCGCCAACCGGCUGGGAGCCGAGGGGGAGGGUUUCGGCAUCGCCAUGAAAGGCCUGAACGGAGGCCGCAUCAACAUAGCGUCGUGCUCCCUGGGCGCCGCUCAGGCCAGCCUCGACUUGGCCAGGGAUCACGUCCUGGUCCGCAAACAGUUCGGCAAGCCGCUGGCCGACUUCCAGCACAGCCAGUUCGUGCUGGCGCGCGCCGCCACCGACCUGGUCGCCUCGCGGAUGAUGGUGCGAAACGCGGCGCUGGCGCUGCAGAGCCAACAUCCGGACACCGUGGCGCUUUGCUCCAUGGCCAAGCUGUUCGCCACCGACAAGUGCUUCGAGAUCGUGAACUCGGCGCUGCAGCUGUUCGGCGGCUACGGCUACCUCAAGGACUACGGCGUCGAACAGUACCUGCGCGACAUCCGCGUGCACCAGAUUCUGGAGGGCACCAACCAGGUUAUGCAGUUGCUGGUGGCGCGGCAUGUGCUGAAGGAGUAGGCUGACGAACGGCGGCGGCGGCAGCUGUCCCGUGGCCAGACGGCUCCGCUCGCGCUGAUGGUGGCUAGGACGAUGCGGGCUGACGGAAAAGCAGGCUGUGCUGGGAAGAUCAACCGGGGUCCGUGUGCAACCGACGUGCAAUGCAUUUUGUUCACUUAAUGUUGUGAGGCGCUGAUAGCGACGUAGUGAAGGCCCCGCUGUGGCCUGCAGAUAUUGGGUACCUUUUUUCGAGAAGGGGGUGUCUAGAGUUGUCUGGAGGGUGUCUGGAACGAUGUUAACGGAGGUGUUGUACGACACGUUAUGCUCAUACGAAGAUCGGGUCAGUUUGUUUUGUCUCGUAUAUAACUUUGAGGUAAAGACAGGUACUCAUACAUUGUACGCUAAGUAGAUUUGUGAUAUGUGCAACCUAUGUCUUUAUGUAGAUUUAGUUGACCUGUGUUGUCUUGGUGGCAGACCAUUACAUUUGUAUCAACAGUGUGUU